CUACAAAAUCUUGAUCUUUCAGCUGUUGUGUUGUGUAGUAGUGUUGUGCUGAUUCCAUUCACAGUGAACUGAUUCUCUCUCUCUCUCUCCCUCACUUGGAUCACUGAUCUCAUCUCAGAUAUGUCUACAUCUGAUAAGCCAGAAGUGGUGGAAAGGGGUUCUAAGGAUGAAAACCACAAAGAAGAUGAGAAAGAGGAUGAAAAGGGUGGAUUUAUUGAGAAGGUGAAGGAUUUCAUUCAUGACAUUGGCGAGAAGAUUGAGGGAGCUAUUGGGUUUGGGAAGCCAACUGCUGAUGUUACUGGAAUACACAUUCCAUCAAUUAAUCUUCACAAAGCAGAUCUUGUUGUUGAUGUGCUCAUAAAGAACCCAAAUCCUGUGCCAAUCCCUCUUAUUGACGUAAAUUACUUGGUUGAGAGUGAUGGAAGGAAACUAGUUUCGGGGAUGAUACCCGAUGCUGGUACUAUCCAUGCACAUGGAGAGCAAACUGUGAAAAUUCCUGUUACUUUGGUUUAUGAUGACAUCAAGCAAACUUAUGAUGAUAUUAAACCUGGAAGCAUCAUUCCUUAUAGGGUGAAGGUUGAUCUCAUUUUUGAUAUUCCUCUCUUGGGAAGGUUCACUCUGCCUUUGGAGAAAACUGGAGAAAUCCCAAUACCAUACAAGCCUGAUAUUGAUCUUGAGAAGAUUCAUUUUGAAAGGUUUUCUUUUGAAGAGACAAUUGCAACUCUUCAUUUGAAAUUGGAAAACAAGAAUGAUUUUGAUCUGGGUCUCAAUGCUCUUGAUUAUGAAGUGUGGCUUGGUGAUGUUAGCAUUGGAGGUGCAGAACUUGCCAAAUCUGCAAAAAUUGAGAAAAGUGGAAUUAGUUACAUUGAUAUUCCAAUUACCUUCAGGCCUAAGGACUUUGGAUCUGCACUCUGGGACAUGAUUAGAGGAGGGGGCACUGGUUACACCAUGAAAGGAAAUAUUGAUGUUGACACUCCCUUUGGACCCAUGAAAUUGCCCAUCAGCAAAGAAGGUGGCACUACCCGUCUUAAGAAAAAGAAGGAAGAUCGUGAUUAUGACGAUGACGAUGAUGAUGAGGAUUGAAGAAUUGUAGCAGGUUACUACUAGCUGUUAUUUUUAUUUACAGCAUAUCUUCAUUAGAAAGUUAAUAAAAAUGGACUUUGAUCUGAAGGCAUUACUUUCUGAGUACUGAUGGCCAAUUUAUGUAUCUUGAGAGACAAAGUUGACAUUCAAAUCAUGUGCAAGUAUCAGUGUUUUAGUGAAUAUAUGCUUCAGUUUGGCUUGUGCUCUUUUUCUUGAAACCUUGUUCUUGUUUGAGUGCUUGAUUCAUAAAUGUUCAUUUGCCUUGAAACUUAGUUCGUGGGGGCUUUGCUUUAAGUUGCUCCAUAAUAGCCAUUGUCUUAAUCUCUCACUUGUAUUUUAAGAGAGUGCGAGACAGCAAAAAGUUUUAUGAUCUUUGUUUUCGUGUUUAAUUUAACAGUUCUAUUGAGAAGUUGGAAAAGUGUGCCUGUACCAAACAACAUGAAAACACUAAAGUUUAU